AUGAGCUCAACACAAAAGAGAAAGACCCUUAAUACCAGCCGACAGGACCACAGUUUUUUUUCCUGCAUCUUGUCAGAGAGAAAUGACAGCAGAGUGACUGAAUUCAUUCUGACUGGAUUCCCUGGACUUCAUCCAGAGUACUAUGGUCUUGUUUCAGCUCUUUUGGUCUUUGUGUAUUUGAUGACUGUCAUAGCAAAUGCUACAGUUUUACUCUUAUUUGCAACUAACCGCUGCCUCCAUAAGUCAGUGUAUUAUAUCAUCUUAAAUGUAUCUGUAUGUGACCUUCUGUUCAGCACAACAACUUUACCUAAAAUCAUCAGCAGGUAUUGGUUUAAAUCAGGAUCCAUUUCAUUUAAUGGCUGUUUUGUCCAAAUGUUUUUUGUUCACUAUCUUGGUUCAGUGAACUCUUUCAUAUUUUUCUUCAUGGCUUUUGACAGGUAUUGUGCUAUCUGCCAUCCACUCAAAUAUACAGUUGUUUUCAUAAAACCAAGAGUACUUAUACUCAGUCUGGCUGCAUGGAUAAAUGCCAAUUUAUUCCCUUUCAUGUUAUUUUUUAGAGCAUAUCCUCUUCCUUAUUGUGGCUCAAAUGUAAACAGUCAUUGUUUCUGUGAUCAUAUUGGGAUAACAGUUCUGGCCUGCACUGACAGGACCCCAAAUUCUGUACCAGCUGUUAUUUAA